AUGUCUGUCACAAUGCCUAAACGAUGGUAUCGUUCGAGAAGGAACCAAAUAGUUAUUAUAGUAUUCAUAGCCGCCAGUAUAAUAUACUACAUAAGUCUCUCUGAUAGUUUACAAAGGGAGCAGAAUCUUGAUAUUACAAGACGACAAUCUGUUAUUGAGUAUAUUGAAAGACGAUUAGAACAAUCUCUGAGACAGGACAAAGGCUCCGGGUGUGAGAUACCCCGGUUGGAUCCAUUCUCUAAAGAAGUCACGCAGUUUGAUAAGGACAUACCCAAGGUUAUGUGUUUGGGAACGGAUUGGGUUAAAUGUUAUCAUUCUAAAUGUAGGGUAGUUCCUAAAAUAUUAAGUACAACCAAAGACAUAGUAUGUUCAUACCAAGACAUAAUAUAUGAGAGUGACCAAAAAUACACAAUCGGUCCUCCCACAGAGGUCAGAGGUGAUAACGAGUAUGUUCUCACUAAGAGCGAUCAUGUAAAGGUUAAGUGUUCAGGGAAACAUAGAGACAGCAUCCUUCCUUCCAAAUGGACCGGUCACUCAAUCGGCUUUCGGUCUACUGUUCAUCCGGAUCUCCCCCCUCCAGGGAGGGAAGAUUCCUUGAACGUGCUCAUCCUAGGAUUCGACUCCACCGCCAAAAACGGUUUCAUACGAAGAAUGCCCAAAAGCUAUAAAGUUUUAAACGAAAUAUUAGGAGCUACUAUUUUGAAUGGGUACAACAUAGUAGGCGAUGGGACGCCCGCCGCCCUGUUCCCGAUCCUGACGGGCAAGACGGAGUUGGAACUGCCUGACGUGAGGAAGAAGAUGAAGAACAACAGAACCUUGGACGACAUGCCCUUCAUAUUCUAUAAGCUGAAGGAUGAAGGUUACCGUACAGCAUAUUUUGAAGAUAUGCCCUGGAUAGGAACAUUUCAGUACAGAUUCAACGGCUUCAAGAAUCAACCCGCGGACCAUUAUUUGCGUGCUUUCUAUUUGGAAGAGUCCAAUAGUGGAAAAAAGUGGUGGAAGGGUUCCCAGAACAAAUACUGCGUGGGAGACACGCCGCAGUAUAAACUAAUGUUGGAUAUUACUGAUCAGUUUCUUCGCCUGGAUGGAAAACGUUUCGCGUUCACAUUCAUAGCGGAUAUAACUCAUGAUGAUUUCAACAUGAUAUCUAUAGCUGAUGAAGAUACAGCAGAAUAUCUUAGAAGGUUUCAUGAUCGCUAUAGAGAAGAUACUUUGUUAAUAGUCAUGGGGGACCAUGGACCUAGGUACGCAAAAGUUCGUGAUACUCUACAAGGGAAACUGGAAGAACGAUUACCUCUCAUGGCGAUCAGACUUCCAGAAAAACUAAAGAAAAUUAGAACAGAGGCUGAGAAGAAUUUGAAGGACAAUGCUGAAGUAUUGACAACACCUCACGACAUAUACGCUACAGUGUUAGAUGUACUGGACCUGACGCAGUUCACUAACACAUAUAGAGUUAAAGGAGCUGAUCUGAACAGGGGACUCAGUCUGUUGGAACCGAUACCAAAGAACAGAUCGUGUAGCGAGGCGGGUGUGGAGGCUCACUGGUGUUCGUGUCUGUCGUGGCAGAACGUGACGGACGAUGACGUCAUGUUCAGGAGGACGGCCGCCGCGCUCGUGGACUUUAUCAAUCAUCUCACUGAGGAGAAGCGGUCGGUGUGCGCGGUUCGUUCUCUCAAGUCAGUGUCUUGGGUGAUGCGAGCGAGGCCCAACAGCGGUGUUUUAACGUUCGUGGAGGCUCGCGAUCAAGACGGAUAUGUUGGCAAGUUUGGUAAUAAAGUUAAACAGACCAGGGAAAACUACCAGUUGAAGAUCGCAGUGGGUCCGGGCCACGGCAUAUACGAAGCGUUAGUGACUUACGUUAUCACUGAGGAUAGAUUUGAAAUUAAUACGAGGGAAAUAUCACGGACCAACGCGUAA